GGAGUCCCCAGAAUAAAUCACUCCAAAACCCAAACGCAGGAACAACAGAACACACACAAGCAACCCAGAGAGAGGGGCGAGACAGACAACGCACACAGACACAGAGAGGGACAGAUCCAUCGCCGAUCGUGCCUGCGCUCGGAUCGAUCCUGCUUUUUUCGUCGCCCGCGCGCGGUGGGGAUAGAGGGGGGACGGCGAGGAGCUCCCCGGAUCCGCGCCUGAGUUGAUCGGGCCGUGAUCCGUUGGCCAGCAGCAAUGACGGCCGACGGGACGGCGAGCAACGGCGCUGGCGAGGCGCCGAAGGCUGAAUUGUCGCCCGGGAAGGGGGCCGUGACGGCUGCCCCGCUGGCGGAGAAGCCGGCAGAGGAGCGGGAGGGGGUGGGCGGCCCCUUUGUGAUCGUGAACGGCGACUCCGACGGCCACUCUGACCGGGGCUCAGAUACCGGCGCGGGCCCCGAGGCAGAUUCCGCCUCGGAUGAGGGGGAUCUGCCGCGAACCAAUGCAGGUCCGGAUGCCGACACGGGCAGAGAUCACGGGCCGGCCGGUGCGGAAUUAGACGCCACCGUCGAUUUUUCAUCUACCAACGGGCAUGGUCCUUCCGCUGUGGAGUCUGAGGAUGGUGUGGGCGGAGGCAAAGCGGGGGAAAGCAAGAUUUCUGAAGCUGGACUAGGGGAGCAGGAGACCGCCGGUGGAGAGCUCGGUGGGGAAGAUGCUCCGGCAAAACUUGAGAUUGAACAUGCUGAUCCUGUUGUUGAUUCCGCUGCAUCUUCUGUGGAUUCUGUGGCUAAGAGCAAGGAGAAUGAAAUGGGAAAAAGUGCUGCUACUGAUGUUGCUGAGUUGCCAGUGCAUGAGGCUGCUAGUGAAGAACAGCAUGAUGGAACGAAUUCUGCUGCAGAGUCCAAUGGGCCAGAUAAUGCCCCCACAUAUGCUAACUCUGGUUCUAUCGUCUUGGAUUCUGAGGUUUGUGGCGAGGAGAGUAAAGGAGAAGUGAUAGCUACUGAAAGCAUGGAGUUGGGUACAGAUGAAUCGGAAUUUUUGGUGGUGAAUGGGCAACAUGAUGCUGGCAUCAGUUCAGAUUCAUCUAUAACUGCUACUCACUCUUUGAUCCAUGCCGAGGAGGGAAAACAUCAACAGGCUUACCCUAAUGUCACAGAGGUGGAGCAGGAAGCUACCUAUGGUGAACAGGAUGUCACUGAUGCUUUGCAGGGCAAUGGACAUGACCCUGAGGUGAGUGCUGAUUCUUGUGCAUCUGCUUCUGAGUUCAAGGCGCCUGCCAAUAAGAGCGAAGGACAACAAGUAGAAUCACUGACAGAUAAGGUUGAAGUAUCGGAUGCAAUGCUGGAUGCAUCUAGCAGCGAUUGCCGAACAUGUACUUCUAAGGAACCCAUAGAAGAGGAAGUUGUUGCAAACGGGCAUGGCCAUGCUGAGGACAGUGCUGAUACUUCAGGGAAGCUUGAACCUGGGGUUGAUGAGGAAGAGGGUGAAGCCACCCGUGAUGUUAUAUCGGAAGACAUAAUAACGAUGGAUAGCAAGGAGAACUUGCAUGGUCUCACAUCUACUGUUGGUUCCACUGAUGAGGAAGCAAAGCUUCCUAUGAAGGAGGAAAUGCAUGAAGAUGCUCCUGCUAAACUUGAGAUGUGUGCAAUUGCUGGGAAUAAAAGUGAACAACUUGUGCAAGAUGAUCAAUUGGUUAAGGAUGAUGUCUCUGUUGGCAUACUUCAUUCAGUUAAACCAGAACUAGAUCCAGUUGUUGAGCCCAACUGGGAUCAGAGAAUACAAGUAGAAGUAGCUGCAGAUGAUGAAAACACGGCAGUCCCUGAUGUGAAGGCUGUCAAGGUGGAAACGAACACAGCAGAUAAUGUUGAAGCACAUAAUCUCAGGUCUGCAUUUGAAGACAGGAGUAUACAACUGCAUGUAAAUUCGUCUGGCGAAGUUGACGAGGAGGUAAAAAAGCAAGCUUGCCCUGAGGAGGUACAUUUAGCUCAGAAUGAUUCUUCUGCACAGACUGGAAAGCAUGAGCAGUUAGAAUUACCUGGUGCUGGAGUAGCUGAUAAAGGUGACCAUGUUGUAGUAGAGGCAGAACCAAGGGAAGAGGCCGAACUGGAGGUUGUUGAUUCUGUUCCAUUGUGUGCACCUGCAGCUUCUACUUUCCAUGAUGAGCCAAGGUCCAUUGCUUUGGAUGAUAAUGAUAGAGUAAAGCACUCAAGCCCAGGUACUGAAUUGGAAAGUUGUGACGAUAUACAACCAGAAGAGUGUGGUUCUCAAGAAAUAUCCAGUUCUAUUGUUGAUGAAGUCACAUCUGGUGCUUCUAUGGAACAUGGAACUGCUGUGACAAGUGGCGUUGAACUCACAAAUGAAUCAGGAGAUGCAUCUCUUGAAAUAUCCAGCGGAACUGCUGCUGAUCAAGGUGAACCUGUUGCCUUGAGUGAGGAUAAAGCUAUCGAGGUUGAUAAUGUUAAACCCUCUCCUGCUACAGUAGAUGAAUCUGCUGUGGUUGGCGAAGCUAGUGAUAUUUCCCCAACAGACGGACCAAGUCAUUUUGUUGCAGACUGCCAACCACAUCAUGACCAGCCAGAAAUUUGCCACACAUCAACUGCGUGUAAACAGCUCGUUUCUUCAAUUGAAGAUCCUCGCCCAUCAGGUGUAACAUUGGAAUCUGGAGUCAAGUCUCCUUUUACAGACAAGGAGACGCCUCCGUCAGAUGAGGCAUGCAAAGAUAUUUGCUAUGGAACUAUAAAUUCAUCCAAUAAAUCUUCUCAGGUGGUUGAAGCCAAAAGUUUGGAAGCAUUGGGGCCUUUAUCUGUUGAUACAAUAGUUCCGGAGGAACACAAGAAUGAUGAUGAACAUGCAAAUAAUGAUGAGGAAAAGAUCGUUAAGGACUUCACUGAUGCACCUGUGGAUCUCAAUAAGAGUGACAAGGGGGAUAUACAUACCAUUAGACCACCAAAGUGCUUCAUGAUAAAGGUCCCAAAAUUUGCGGGUGAUGAUGUUUGGGAAAGGAUACAGGAUGCACAAGUUCAUCUGGAUCGGCUGACUCAGGAAAGAGAUGCAAUUAAUGUUCGCAAGAAGAAGCAAAAGGCUAUUUGUGAUGAGUAUCGGGGAAAAUUAGAGGCAGCACGACAACAAGAGAGUGAAGCGAGAGCUGCUCUUGGUGACAAGAGGAAUAAUCUAGAUAAUGUGCGGUCAGUCCUUGCCAAGAUGAAUAAAGCAACUACAGUUGAUGAUAUUGAUGAAAGGAUUGCGUGGAAGGAGAAUGUCAUGGUACAUGAGACCAUCUCUUUGAAAGAUGAGAAGCGUUACAUUAAAGAGAUAAAUGAACUAAAGACCCAAAGGAAGCAAUUGUGCUCCAAUAUGGGCUCAAAGGCUGAAAUCAGUGAAGCAUUCGAUCAGCAGGACCACAUUCAUGAGCAACAUAAGACUUUGAAGAAGGACUCCGAUGCACUUUUCAAAAACCUGAAGUCCCUUGAGGAAAACAAAAGAAAGAUUCAAAAAUAUUAUGAGGAGGAAAGACUAGUUCUGGGAAAAUUAAAUGCCGAAUUGCAAGCUGCUAAUGAAAGACGUCAAAUGGCCUAUGAUGAUUGGGUUGAGCUGAGAGCGGAACCAGGCAAGAAGAACAAGUACUUUUUCAUGUACAAGAGGGACCGUGCUGCUGUGAACAACUUCAUGCAAAUGAAUGACGUGGAUGGACUUCAGUCAUAUUGUAAUAAUCAGGUAGAAGGUUUUUUGGAAAUUUGGAACAAAGAUGAUGACUUCCGUAAGCUGUACGUUGAAGCAAACCAGGCUAGCACUGUGAGAAGACUUGGGACCCUUGAUGGAAGAUCACUUAAUUUUGGAGAGGAGCCUCCAGUCAUUCGCAGCAGAAAUUUCAAUAGAAGAUCGACCAAUCCAUCUCCAUUGACGGUUUCAAGCCCAAAUGUGCCCAUUAUAACUUCAGAAGCAGUACCUGAAAAGCCUGUUCCAGCGGUAGUCCUUGAAGAAGAGGAUACCUUUCCUGUUUUACCACCACCCCAGAUCCAUAAACAGGCCAAGUCAAAGGCGGCUGGCAGUUCAUCUCAGAAAGAAAUAAUUACAGCUCCAGCCUCAGAAAUGGAAGAUGUAAAACACAUUGAAAAUGAGAAGGCUCGUCUUAUGGAGGAGUUGGAGUUGGCAAGAAAGGCAGAGGAGUUGGCACGUAGGGAGGAGGAGCUAAAAGUGCAGAGGGCUGCAGCUGAAAAGGAGCGGCUCCGGUUGGAACAGAAGGCCAAAGCUAAGGAGGCUGAGGAGAGGAAGAAAAAGAAAGCAGAAAAGGCUCAGGAAAGAGCAGAGUUCAAAGCAAGGAAGGAAGCUGAGAUGAAGGAAAAGAAGAAAGCCAAGAAGGAUAAAAAGAUUGGCACAACACCAGAAGACUUGGUGAGUGGUCUUGGCGAGGGCAACUCUGCAGCCAUAACUACAGCAGAUACCGAGAGUAAUGGAUCUGAAAGUGCUAGGGAUACUGAGGUUCCUCCACAAGCAGCCCCGAGGAGGAUUGCGAGGCCCGCAGCGGCAAUGAGGCAGCUAAACAGGUUGCAGCCCAUGCCCUUGCCCCUGCGUAACAGGAGCAGAAGGAGAACUCGGCAAUACAUCAUCAUUGGAGCUGUGGUCGCGCUAGUGGCUGCCGCACUGAUCCUUGCAGCCAGAUACUUAAACCUCCCUGGUUUAAGUUUGCUUCGCUUCUAAACUAGUUAGUAUUACUCCCUAUGGAUGGCGUGGCGUCAUGCUCAUACAUUCAUCCACAGCCAUAGGGAAGUGGAGGACAGUUCAGUUAUUUUGCGGGAAACUUGGUUGCUCUUCUAGACAUUGUCUUAUUUUCUCUGUUUGAACUAUGGCUGCCGUUACUGUACUUAUUUACCAUAUAGGCUGUGUUGGAUUGUGUUGAAUGGUGGUGAUAUAUUCGUUAAAGUGGACAUAAUAAUAAUUAUAGAUUUAUUUUGGACA